AUGCCGGCGAUCUCAUCCCCUUCCUCACCACUCCUCCCCAUCCGCUUCCGUAGCCGCCGUCGUCCUACCUCCACUCUCACCCCCGUCCGCAGCGUGUACCGCCACGAGGCCCCCGCCGCCACCGGUGGGAACUUCUUCCCUGGCGCCAUCGGUGCCAACCGUGCAGACUGGCAGAGUUCAUGCGCCAUCCUCGCCGGAAAGGUCGCCAUAUCCCAGCAGCAGCAAAACGGCUCCCAGGACGACGCCUCCUCUGCUGGAGACGGGGAGCUCCUGUCAUCGGAGGUGAUAAACGGCCGCAAAGCGCCACCUUGCAGCUCCACGACGCUGGAUCUAGUGCCGAUCGGCGACAACCGCAACGGCGGCUUGCUUCCCCGGUCGCUCACCAUAGCCGACCUCUCCCCCGCGCCCAUGCACGGGUCGGACCUCCGUGUCGCUUACCAGGGGGUACCGGGGGCGUACUCGGAGGCCGCCGCCGGCAAGGCAUACCCGGGUUGUGAAGCCAUUCCCUGCGACCAGUUCGAGGUGGCCUUCCAGGCCGUGGAGCUCUGGAUCGCCGAUCGCGCCGUUCUCCCCGUCGAGAACUCCCUCGGCGGAAGCAUCCAUCGCAACUACGACCUCCUCCUCCGCCACCGCCUCCACAUCGUCGGGGAAGUCCAGCUGCCCGUCCAUCACUGUCUCCUCGCCCUCCCGGGAGUCCAGCCCGAGUACCUUACCCGGGUCAUCUCUCAUCCCCAAGCCCUGGCCCAGUGCGAGCUCACCCUCACCAAGAUGGGCCUCAACGUCGUCCGGGAGGCGGUGGACGACACCGCGGGUGCCGCCGAGUUCGUGGCCGCCAACGGGCUCCGCGACACCGCCGCCAUCGCCUCCAACCGCGCCGCCGCGCUCUACGGCCUGCAGGUGCUGGCCGACGGCAUCCAAGACGACUCCAGCAACGUGACACGUUUCGUGAUGCUGGCCCGCGAGCCCAUCAUCCCCCGCACCGACCGGCCCUUCAAGACAAGCAUCGUCUUCGCGCACGACCGAGAGGGCACGUCGGUACUCUUCAAGGUGCUCUCGGCGUUCGCCUUCCGGGAUAUCAGCCUGACCAAGAUCGAGAGCCGCCCGCACCGGGGACGCCCCAUUCGGGUAGUGGACGACGCCAACCUCGGCGGCACGGCGAAGCACUUCGAGUACCUCUUCUACGUCGACUUCGAGGCCUCCAUGGCCGACGUGAAGGCGCAGAACGCCCUCGCCGAGAUUCAGGAGUUCACCUCCUUCCUCCGGGUGCUCGGGAGCUACCCCAUGGAUAUGACCCCCUGGCACGGCGGCGGACAACACAACGGCAAUGGCAGCGCCUCAUCCACCGGUUCCUCCCCUUCGAUCUCACCCCGAGCCGGUCGUGGCUACUGA